UUUCCUUUUAAGGAAUGUACUUCCAGUUCUAAGUCUGGGGAAAUUUGGGUGCCUCCCUUGGAUAUAGACGUUAAUUCCCAUGCAUAUGAUUUGUUUCCUAGCACUCAUAGUGUGCAUGAUGAGCAGCCAAUUGACAUGCAAACCUCUCCACCUUCUGUGGACACCAACAGCUUCUUCGGUGGAGCCUACUGUUACUCCGCAUGCAUCACAAAUUGUGCCACAAGACACGUUGGAUAUGGGUAGAGGAAAACGCACUAAACUCCCGUCGGUUAAGUUGCGAGAUUAUGCAAUUCAUACAGUUCUCACUCCCAGUCAGUCCCCCUCCGCAUCACUCGUGUCCACCACUUCCUCAGGUACGCCCUUUCCCAUAGCUCACUAUGUUAGUUGUACAAAUUUUUCUCCAAAAUAUCGUCUAUUUUUUGGCUGCCAUAACUGCUGGCCGAGAACCUAAUUCUUUUCAGGAGGCGGUUGCCGAUCCUGGAUGGCGAGCAGCCAUGCAUUCAGAAAUCCAAGCACUUGAAAAUAAUCAUACAUGGCAGUUGACUCCUCUACAAGAUCAAGUAUCAUUCUGAUGGAAGUGUGGAACGUCUUAAGGCACGAUUGGUUGUUUUUGGCAACCGCCAAGUUGAGGGCCUGGACGGACUAUUACGAGACAUUUGCACGAGUGGCAAAAAUGGUGACUAUACAUGCGUUUCUUGCCGUUGUAGCAUCAAAAAAUUGGGAGCUGCAUCAAAUGGAUGUACACAAUGCAUUCCUUCAUGGGGACCUUGAUGAGGAGGUCUAUAUGUCAUUGCCUACUGGGUUUAAAGUAUCUGAUCCCUCACUUGUAUGUCGUCUUAGGAAGUCUUUAUAUGGGCUCAAACAGGCUCCUCGUUCCUUGUUUGCAAAGUUGGUGACUGCGUUGCAAGGCUAUGGUUUUACACAAUCAUAUGCAGACUAUUUGUUGUUUAUAUAUACUCGGACCUCUGUCCAACUCAACGUACUUGUUUAUGUUGACGACUUGAUCAUAUCAGGCAAUAACUCCACCGCUAUAUCCUCAUUCAAAGCAUAUCUUAAUACUUGCUUUCAUAUGAAGGAUCUCAGACCUCUUAAAUAUUAUCUCGAGAUCGAAGUGGCAAGGAGCACGAUUGGUAUUUUUCUUACCCAACACAAGUACGCAUUGGAUAUUAUCUCUGAGGUCGGAUUGCUCGGUGCGAAACCUGCCAAAUUUCCCAUCGAGCAACAUCACACUCUAGCUACUGCUUCAGGUCCUCUCCUUCCUGAUCCGGAACCAUUAUAUUUCGCCGUCUUAUGGGGAGUUUAAUAUAUCUCGCAGUAACCAGGCCGGAUCUUACAUACUCUGUCCAUAUUUUGUCUCAAUUCUUGCAAUCGCCACGAAAGGAGCAUUGGGACGCCGCUCUUUGAGUUGUCCGAUAUCUCAAAGGAACUCCGAGACAGGGAAUUAUUCUUCGAGCAGAUUGUGACCUCACUCUGCGAGGCUGGUGUGAUUCAGAUUGGGCGGCGUGUCCUCUUACACGUCGCUCUAUAUCCGGUUGGGUCGUUUUUCUAGGCCACUCUCCCGUUUCUUGGAAGAAUAUAAGAAACAACAGACAGUAUUUCGGUCUUCGGCCGAAGCUGAAUAUCGCUCUAUGGCAGCCGCCACGUGUGAACUUAAAUAACUGAAAGCACUUCUUCUCAGUCUUGGCAUUAAUCAUCCCCAUGCCAUACCAUUAUAUUGUGACAGUCAGUCCGCUUUGCAUAUAGCGAAAAACACUGUGUUUCAUGAGCGUACUAAACAUAUUAAGGUUGAUUGUCAUUUUGUUCGUGAUGCGAUUCAAACUGGUGUUAUAUCUCCCUCUUAUGUGCCUACUACGAUUCAGCUUGCAGACAUCUUCACUAAGGCUCUUGGAAAUACUCACUUUGAUUUCCUAUUGCGCAAGUUGAGCAUUCUUAAUCUUCAUGUUCCAACUGGGGGUUACUAUUAUUAGUUUUAUUUUGCAUACUAUUAAUAUUUAAUGUUAAUAUUUCCUUACAUGUAUUGCACUAGCUAUUACGGAAGUUAUUUAUUUAUUGUAGGAAGGUUAGCUGUAUUUUAUUCCCUUCCUUUUUUAUAGUAGCACACUUGUAAAAUACUACAAGUAUAAGUCAAAGGCUAAUUCAAAGAGUAGGAUGGAAUAAUAUUGGCUUUGCCAUU